AUGGAGCCAAUCCUGGGGCCUGGUCCCCCACUGCCACCAUCUUUCAGUCUCCUUCUAUUACUUGGUCUCCUUGUCAUUGGGGUCUGGUCAUUGCUACCUGGGGCUCGAAGGCAGGAGCUAUUGUCAGCCAAGUUCAGCGAGACUUUAAAACAGCUAAGAUUUCCAGGGACCCAAGAUGUCACAAAAGUUCCACUUCCACAUUGGGAGGACAAUGUCCAGAUAGGAUAUACAGGAGCUAAUCUGGCCUGUUUUUCAGGUCUUCCUGUGGGCUGGGCCCAGAAUUAUACUCUCUGGUCAAUGGAUAAAAGCUUCCAGCAUAUUUUCCAGCACUUGGACAUUGCAAGAUCCAGCCUCAUGAACUUAUCGUUCUCUUCACAAAUGUCCUCAAUUCCUUCCUCCAGCUCUUCUACUAAUGGGCCUGAGGACUCACCAGCCCUGACAUGCUAUGAGGGCUAUUUCCCAGAGUUUGACAGAAUCCAGAAAACUUCUUCACUUCAUACCAAUCUUGGUGCAACUCAAUCCCUUGCCUAUAUUUUUAGCAAUAGUCUACAACACCGGAGCCAAAGUGUACCACUCCCCUCUAAAAAAUACUUUGGACAAGCACAGGUCUUCUCUCUGCCUCCUUUUCUGUUUCCUGAAGCUAAAAAUGAUACCAGGGGGAAGAAUAUCUUUCUGGACAAAUGUACCUAUAGAAACCACAUUCAUAGAUGGAAAUUCAGUGACACCAAAGUGGAGAAGGAAGAGGACAGCUGGGUCCCCAUAGAGACCAAGAAUUCUUUGGAGCUCCACAUAAAGAGAAAGCUUACCCAACGUCUGGUAGUUUCUCCAACUUUCAGAACCAUAAAGCUCUCUCUCAGACCUGAGAAAAAGACAACAAACAAGGGGGUAGGAAACAGUGCUCAUAAAAUUUCAAAUCUUCAUGAGAGACCCCCACUCUCAGUCUGGGCUCCAAUUCAACUAUCACCUUCAGCCCGGUUGGUGCUCGAGGGGCACAUGGCCUGGAAAGUAUGUACACUGAGGGAUCAGACAGUACCCACAGCUGUGAAGCAGUCAUGGGCAACCCUAAACUGUAUCACUGAAGAACAGAUUGAAAGCCAUAAACCAGGAAGUCCUAGACCCCAGGGACCUGUGUCUUUCCAUCAGAACACUGUGAAGAGUGCCAACAAAAAGUCUUCAAAUGUCUCGUGCUCUCUACUUUCCAGGGACUUGGAAAGGGAUUUGGGAACAAACCAAAAAAAGCCAAUAACUCCAAAAUCAACUAAAGCAGACAGAGAGUCCCAGUCAAGACUCCUACGCGUUACACAGGAUGCCUCAUGCUCAGGAGUGUAUGUCAUCCCAGGGAAUGCCAUCUUCCUACAAGAGGACACAAAAAAGAAAUUAGAACUCUGUAUAGAGAAGAGGGCCGCUCGUCUUCUAGAAAAGGAUAAAAGGCAACAAAUGGAAGCCCUAAAGGAGGGUGAAGAAUUGAGCACUGGACAACUUCAAACUGUCAUAGACAAUGAUAGUACAAACUUGCUAGAAACUAUGGAAUCUGUGUCAUUGGAUCCAGGGUUCCAAGUUCAAGUCAAAGAUUCUAAAAAAUUGACUUCAGAGUCACAUAGUGAAGUCACAGAUUCUUCGGGGCUGAACUCAGUGCCACAAGUUCAAGAUAGAGAUUCCAUGGAGCUAACUUCAAGACCACAGAAUCAAGUGCCACAGGUUCAAGGUAUAGAUGAGGGGGAGCUAAUUCCAGUGCCACAGAAGAAAGAUGUAGAUUCUUUAGAGCUCAAAGGUUCAAGUUCAAAAGUUCAAGGUAUGGAUACUAUAGCAACAAUCUCAGUGCCAGAGAAACAUGAUACAGAUAAUGUGGAGCUGACCCCAGGAUCACCAAUUCAAGAUGUGGAUUUCAUGGGACCAACCUCAGGGCCAAAGAUUAAAAAUGUGGAUUCUGGAGGCCUGACCCUAGGGUCACAGGUUAAACUCACAGAUUCCAAGGGUCUAAACCCAGGGUCACAGAUUACAUUCACAGAUUCCAAGGGUCUAUUAAGUCCAGGUCCAGGGUCACAGACUACAUUCACAGAUUCCAAGGGUCUGAGCCCAGGGUCACAGAUUACAUUCACAGAUUCCAAGGGUCUAAACCCAGGGUCACAGAUUACAUUCACAGAUUCCAAGGGUCUGAGUCCAGGGUCACAGAUUACAUUCACAGAUUCCAAGGGUCUGAGCCCAGGGUCACAGAUUAAACUCACAGAUUCCAAGGGUCUGAGCCCAGGGUCACAGAUUACAUUCACAGAUUCCAAGGGUCUGAGCCCAGGGUCACAGAUUAAACUCACAGAUUCCAAGGGUCUGAGCCCAGGGUCACAGUUUAACCUCACAGAUUCCAAAGGUCUGAGUCAAGGGUCACAGAUUAAACUCACAGAUUCCAAGGAUCUGAGCCCAUGGUCAGAGAUUAACCUUCCAGAUUUCAAGAGUCUGAGCUCAGGGUCACAGAUUAAACUCACAGAUUUCAAGGGUCUGAGCCCAGGGUCACAGAUUAAACUCACAGAUUCCAAGGGUCUGAGUCUAGGGUCACAGAUUACAUUCACAGAUUCCAAGGGUCUGGGCCCAGGGUCACAGAUUACAUUCACAGAUUCCAAGGGUUUGAGCCCAGGGUCACAGAUUAAUCUCACAGAUUCCAAGGGUCUGAGCCCAGGGUCAGAGAUUAACCUCACAGAUUCUAAGGGACUGAGCCCAUGGUCACAGAUUAACCUCACAGAUUCCAAGGGUCUGAGUCCAGGGUCACAGAUUAAAUUCAUAGAUUCCAAGGGUCUGAGCCCAGGGUCACAGAUUAAACUCACAGAUUCCAAGGGUCUGAGCCCAGGGUCACAGUUUAACCUCACAGAUUCCAAUGGUCUGAGCCCAGGGUCACAGGUUAAACUCACAGAUUCCAAGGGUCUGAGCCCAGGGUCACAGAUUAAAUUCACAGAUUCCAAUGGUCUGAGCCCAGGGUCACAGAUUAAAUUCACAGAUUCCAAGGGUCUGAGCCCAGGGUCACAGAUUAAAUUCACAGAUUCCAAGGGUCUGAGCCCAGGGUCACAGAUUAAAUUCACAGAUUCCAAGGGUCUGAGCCCAGGGUCACAGAUUACAUUCACAGAUUCCAAGGGUCUGAGCCCAGGGUCACAGAUUACAUUCACAGAUUCCAAGGGUCUGAGCCCAGGGUCACAGAUUACAUUCACAGAUUCCAAGGGUCUGAGCCCAGGGUCACAGAUUACAUUCACAGAUUCCAAGGGUCUGAGCCCAGGGUCACAGAUUACAUUCACAGAUUCCAAGGGUCUGAGCCCAGGGUCACAGAUUACAUUCACAGAUUCCAAGGGUCUGAGCCCAGGGUCACAGAUUACAUUCACAGAUUCCAAGGGUCUGAGCCCAGGGUCACAGAUUACAUUCACAGAUUCCAAGGGUCUGAGCCCAGGGUCACAGAUUACAUUCACAGAUUCCAAGGGUCUGAGCCCAGGGUCACAGAUUACAUUCACAGAUUCCAAGGGUCUGAGCCCAGGGUCACAGAUUACAUUCACAGAUUCCAAGGGUCUGAGCCCAGGGUCACAGAUUACAUUCACAGAUUCCAAGGGUCUGAGCCCAGGGUCACAGAUUACAUUCACAGAUUCCAAGGGUCUGACCCUGGGGUCACAGAUUAAAUUCACAGAUUCCAAGAGUCUGAGCCCAGGGUCACAGUUGAACCUUACAGAUUCCAAGGGUCUGAGUCUAGGGUCACAGAUUAAUCUCACAGAUUUCAAGGGUUUGAGCCCAGGGUCACAGAUUAAAUUCACAGAUUCCAAGAGUCUGAGCCCAGGGUCACAGAUUAAACUCACAGAUUCCAACGGUCUGAGCCCAGAGUCACAGAUUAACCUCACGGAUUCCAAGGGGCUGGCCCUAAAGCCACAUGUUCAAGUCAAAGAUUUUGUGGAGCUGACCCCAUGGCCACGUAUUCCAGUUGUGAACUCUGUGGAAUUGACUCCAACACCAGAAAUUCCAGUCAUAGAUUCCAAGAAAUUGACUCUAGAUUUGCAGUCACCAAUUGAGGAUUCUUCCUAUCUUAGUAAAGGCUCUACACUUCAACAUAUCUCAAGUUCUGGAUCUUCAAGUAAACUAAAACAAGGCCUUUAUAACCCCAAGACACAGGAAAUUCUGAAAUCAAUUUUAGACUUGACUGAGAACAUAGUCCUUCAAAAGCCCUUGUUUUUCAGACCAUCUAGCAAAUUCUAUAAUAUAGUACAACCUUCAGCUUUUCUCAGACCUCUAUUUGUGCAGCGCUCACAUUCCUUAUCCCACUUGAGGCUGACUUCUCAGCAUCUAUUCCAGUCUCCUCUACUACCUUGUAGAUCAAAGAAUAAUUUCUGCCCAGGAUUAAGGCCCAGGAGAGACCUAAAAUUUCCUGUUUCAGGGACUCAAGUGAAAGCCUCAGAACGGCAAAUUUCAAAGGGAAGAGUGGAAAGGAGAUCAUCCUCUACUUCCAUAUUAAAGAACCUGUUGGCUAAGAUACAGAAAGCAUAUCACAUCAAGAAGGCUCAUGUCCAAAGACCGCCUCAAGUUCCCUGUCUAUAUGUCCCUAACUGGCAUUUUGUUUCACCAAGGCAAAUGGUUUUCCAAAGCCAGCAAGAGAGUACCAGUACCCCUCCUAAGACUUCACUUUCUAUUAACAACAUUCAGAGAUGCCAGCUCGGAAGGAAUAACUUUGCGUCCAAUGAGCAGCUAGAGCACUGCAGAUUCUAUACAACACAGGACUAUCCCAGCUUUACUACAAAAGAAGCCCAAGGCAGCAGUAGACCUAUGAAGGAAAGGAAGGAAAGGGAACAGGUACCCUCAGAGUUAAGUGAGCUACCUCAGAAUAAUAUUGAAAAGGACCCUGCUUCAAUGGAACAGAAUGAAAAACCAGGUAUCAGCUCACAGAUAACUUCUGAAUCUCAGCAUAGGCCUCUACCAGUAACUUCUUCGCAUGAACAGGCCCAGCUACUACAGGACCUGCAGCUGAAAAUAACAGAACAGCUUCUAAAAAGUCAACUGUCUCCUCAUUUCAUUCCAUCCCAAACUAAAGGAAUGGUCCUAAAGUAUCCUCUGUGUCUGCAAUGUGGCAGAUGUUCAGGCCCCAACUGUCCCCACAAAUUCCAUGACUCCCUUAGUUCUUGGCUUCUUGUCUAUCCACAGCUCCGCCUUGUUCGUAACUCUGAGGGACAUGGGGAGUUUCGAGUUCAUCUUGGCUUUAAGUUGAGAACCCGAAACCAAACUCCAAAGCAUCAAAGAGAAGUAGGACCUUUGGUGUCAACAAGACAUGAAUCAUCACAGUCUGACCCAUCAGAGAAGAGGAAGGUUAAGGUUUCUACCUGUCAUGCCACUGAGAAAAAUUUUACUCUAAGCCCCUGUCAUAGAACAGACUUGGGACCUGAGUCUUUCCAUAUUCCUAAGCCUUCCCAAGCCCCUGAACCCAUUCAAGUUCAUAUCAAACGAAAUUUACCUAGCAGGCGUGUAGAGGUUGCAAAAGCAGGAGGAGAGUCUGGGCAGAAUGACUUUACAAAAGUCUACUCUUUACUGGAUACUGAUAAUGAAGGUAGCCGGGCUAGGGUUAAAGCUGAACAGAUUCCUGACUUAGAAAAAGUGAAGCUCCCAAAGGAGAUCAAAAUCACAACUCAGAAAACUGAAGGGUUGAGACAAAGUACACCCAAUGACAUAAAGCCACAUCCGAAGAGGAAGACAUCAGAGGCCCAGAAAGUAGCUCCAUCAACCAAUCAUUCUGAGAAAUCCACAGGACUUGUAAAAUGGCUCUGUCUCAAUGUAAAGAAAGCACUAGGUGUGGCUUACCCACCAGUGCCUUUCCAACAGAUACAUGCUUCUAGAGCAAGGCCACCCAAACAGCAAGGCUAUCCAAGCAAGCAACCAUCUCAUGUGCAGCCUGGUUCCGAAACUGAGGGGAUGCACAUAGUCAAGUCUCUGGGUACAACUGGUCUAGCCACAAAAAUGGAGAGGAAGAGGCCAGAGAGCAAGAAGACAGAAACAUUAAGACUCGGACCACCCCUUAAUAACCCAGUUUCAAAGGAUGUCAAGAUUUCCUAUUCUAGAUCAUUUCUCAGAUCCAUGCCCCAAGUUCCAAAGAAUAACAGAAUUUCUGAGUCUAGACCAUCUCAUAGGCUCACAUCCCCAGUUGCACAGUAA